AUGGAUAACGAGAGACAAGAAGAUAAUGAAUUAGAUCCAAAUUUAGAGUCCGAUGAUUCUAAUGUAAAAAAUAUUAAAUUAGCGUUGAAACACUUGCACGAAUCUGCUAUUAACACUGCUACCACCGCUACCACCACAACCACCACCACCAACAACAACAACAACACACAUGAUAUAAUAAAUAAUAAUUUAAAUAAGCUUUUAUUGGAAAAUAAAACAUUUAAUACAGAAAAUUCUAUGUUAAUCAAUAAAAUAAACCAGCAUAGAAAGAACAAAGAACAAAUUUUAAAACAAUUGAAUAUAUCACAAGCCUAUGAUACAGAAUAUGCCCAUUUAAAUUUCAUUGAUUUGUGUAACGAAUUAUUUGCGGCUUUGAAGGAGAGUAGAAAUAAGGAUAUAGAUAAGAUAGCGAUAAAGAAAAUACUUGCUCAAUUAACCUUGCUUCAACGGAUGAUCAACGAUCCAGUUUUUUUACAAACAUUGAAUACCCAAAUUGAAGAAAACAUUUCCAAUUUACAAAAUAUAUAG